AUGCCACAGCCUGACACGGAUCUCUUCCGAUACACCAGUGGCCGUUGGCUAUGGGACGAAGAGCAGCAACUUCGGGACCGAUUUUCGCCUUUCAAUGUGCCUGAAUUGCAGAGAAUUGCAGCGCAUAGCGUUGGAGCAGAUACAUGCACUGCGAUCGCAAAACUGGCAGAAGGAUCAUUCAACAAAACCUUCAGGCUUGAGAUGGAUAAUGGAUUAUCCGUGAUUGCAAGAAUACCCCAUCCUAUUGCCGGGCCUAGGUACUACACUACAGCAUCUGAAGUCGCAACGAUGGAGUUUGCCCGCACAAUCCUCGGAAUACCAACACCUCAAGUGUAUGCUUGGAAUGCAGACGUGAACAAUCCUGUUGAUUCUGAGUAUAUUUUAAUGGAGGAAGCCCCCGGUACAAAGCUGGAAGAUAUAUGGGAUGAUCUUUCUCUCGAAGAGAAGAUAGAGGUCAUGAAGGAUCUCGUCCAACUAGAGAAAAAAAUGCUUCAGGCGCCACUGAAUAAUUAUGGGAGUUUGUACUAUUCAAGUGCUAAUAUCAGAGAUGCCGUACCAGCCGAUACCUGUGCAGAAAUAUCUUCUCAGCUCAAAGACAAGAUACGCCGUCGUUUUGUUAUCGGCCCAGUCGCAGAAAGACACUAUUGGUCCAAAGAACGUGCAGAGAUGGCCCUGGACCGUGGACCAUGGAAACAAGCACAGGACUAUGUGCUCUCUCUAGCUUACCGAGAAGAGGCAUGGAUCCAGCAAUACGCAACUCCGAGUUCUGGAGACGACCUGCUAGUGACCUCAGCAACGCAGAACUCUCCAAACAGCCAUAUUUCUUUGCUUCAAAAAUAUCUUAAAGUUGCUCCUUAUCUCCUCCCAAACGAUCCUGCGGUAGUUGCACCUUAUAUUUGGCAUACUGAUCUACAUUCUGGAAACAUUUUUGUCCACGAUGGUAAAAUUUCGAGUGUUAUAGACUGGCAAGGGCUUUGGGCAGCACCCUUGAUACUUCAAGCACGCCACCCAAGGCUAGUUGACUAUAAUGGGGAAGUCAUUUUGAAAGCUCCUGCGAACUUCAAACAUCUUGAUCCAGCGGAAAAGAUUCGGAUCAGAGGCUGUAUGAGUAGCUCGAUACUGCUCUACCUCUACGAAAAGCAGAUUGCUAAAGAGAUUCCCCGUCUGGAUCAAGUCCUCCGAUUUGACCACGGUAGGACAAGGUGCGAUCCAAUUUUGUUCGUGGGCGACACAUGGGAUGACGAACUUCUACCCUUGCGGGAAUCUUUGAUAAGGCUUGAGAGAUGCUGGAAUGAAAUAGGAUUCGACUUUCCGUGUCCUAUUCAUUUCACGGAGGAUGAUCUCCGUGUCCAUGCAGAGGAAAGUGACGGGUGGAAUGAUGUGCAGGAAUUCUGGAACUCUGUUGCGAAUGUAGUCUCGAGAGAUGGCUGGACUCCGCAUCAUCUAUAUGGUGAUGCCAUUUCUGUUUACAGAGCUACGAGAUAUUGGCCUGAAAGCCAUGGUAGGGAAGGAGAGGGACGCAUUUGA